GGCUCACAUCUGGCUAUGUCAUCGCGCCGCCGCUGAAUGGCUAGCAUCAACGGCAGCAGCCCUGCAGUAGCGCCGUUCUCGGAGCUCGAUUUUGGAGCCUCCGGCCAAAUUGGCCAUGGAGUCAUCGUGGGCUGCUUCAGUCCGCGCCGACCAUUGUCAAUACUCCGAUCUCCGUUAGACGCUCCAGCACAGGAAGAAGCAAACAAAUAUCUAUCUUUGAAUUUCUCCUUCUGUCCUGAACCGACAAGACACGCUUCCAAUUGCCCGUUGCACACAAUGUCCUUCCCCACACUCCAUGCCCGCGCAGAGGCCAAACCUCUCGAGCAUCGCUCGUGGUAGGUAUACACAUAAACUCCGCCCAUCUACAUUACUCACCAAUGCCCGCAGCCUCACUCCCACCACCGCCAAGAAGCUGCUCGACGCUGGCUACCCCGUGCUUGUCGAGCGCUCACCCAAAGACCCCAACUAUGCCCGCAUCUUCAAAGACGAGGAGUUUGAACAGGCAGGCGCAACCCUCAUUGAGGAGGGCGCAUACAAGAACGCGCCCAAGGACAACCGCAUCAUCAUCGGCCUGAAGGAACUUCCCGAAGACGAGUUCCCCCUCGAGCAAACUUUUGUACACUUUGCACACUGCUACAAGCAGCAGGGCGGCUGGGAGAAGGUCUUGGCCAGGUUCCCCCGCGGAGGAGGCACCCUGUAUGACCUUGAGUUUUUGCAGGAUGAGUCAGGCAGGCGCGUUGCUGCCUUUGGCUACCACGCCGGUUUCGUUGGAGCCGCUCUUGCCAUCAAGACAUGGGCAUGGCAGCUCACCCACCCCAACGGCGAACCUCUGCCAGGUCUCGAAACCUUCACUGAAGGCCGCGGAUACUACAACAACGAGAGCGAGUUGAUCACCCAGCUGAAGGAGGAUGUCGCAGCUGGCGAGAAGGUUGCUGGUCACAAGCCCACUAGUCUGGUACUAGGCGCUCUUGGACGAUGUGGUUCUGGUGCUGUCGACCUGCUCGAGAAGAUCGGCUGCCCCGAGAUUAAGAAGUGGGAUCUGGCUGAGACCAAGGAGCGUGACGGUCCUUACCCAGAGAUUGUCGAGUCAGACAUCUUCGUCAACUGCAUCUACCUCUCCAAGCCCAUUCCACCCUUUGUCAACAAGGAGAGCCUCAAGUCACCAGGCCGCAGACUCAGUGUCGUCUGCGAUGUUUCAUGUGACACCACCAACCCCCACAACCCUAUUCCCAUCUACGAUAUCAACACUACCUUCGACAAGCCCACAGUCGACGUCUCUGUCGAGGGUAAUGGUCCCAAGCUGUCCGUCAUCUCCAUUGACCACCUUCCGUCUGCUCUGCCCCGCGAAUCAUCAGAGGCUUUCAGCAAUGCUCUGCUGCCCAGCCUGAUGGCCCUCAAGGACCGAUCGACCACGCCAGUCUGGCAAGGCGCAGAGAAGCUGUUCCAGGAGAAGGUACAGACUCUGCCUGGUGGUGUUCCCAAGAAGGAGGUAUAGAACUUUUCAUCUGGCAGCGUCUCCUCCGACACAAAAGUUACGACAUGAAACAUAGAAAUGAAUAAUGCUUACGACCUCAAUGUAACCUUCUGAU